CAAUAUCCCUUUAGUGGCGAAAACACCUCAGUCCCCAACCGAUUCUCGAUCGGACGGUGGCGUCGCGCUUGUAAUUAAUGGCGACUCCCUCGGAUUUGCUUUGGAUGAACGACUGGAACGAUUAUUUCUUGAAAUUGCCACCAUGUGCAUGGCUGUAAUCUGCUGUCGAGUGACACCCCUUCAAAAAGCACAGGUGGUAGAUCUAGUAAAGCGGAAUAAAAAAGCAGUAACAUUGUCGAUUGGGGAUGGUGCAAACGAUGUGUCAAUGAUCAAAACGGCCCACAUUGGUGUUGGCAUAUCAGGGCAAGAAGGAAUGCAAGCUGUAUUAGCAUCCGAUUAUUCUAUAGGACAAUUUCGAUAUCUUGAAAGACUUUUAUUAGUUCACGGCAGCCCGCUCUUAAGGUGGUCGUACAUACGAAUGGCAAAAUUCUUGCGAUAUUUUUUCUAUAAGAAUUUUGCAUUUACGCUAACACAUUUCUGGUACUCAUUUUUCUGCGGAUAUUCUGCUCAGACUGUCUUCGAUGCGGUUUUUAUCGCUUGCUAUAACCUCUUCUUCACUGCUCUUCCAGUACUCGCAAUGGGAUCGUUUGAUCAGGAUGUAGACGACUCUUACAGCUUGCAGUAAGU